AAAACACUGAGAAAUAGAAACUAACCCAGAAAGGGAACACUGGGGCCCUUCUGACAUCCAGACACAGCUGCUCCAUCUCUGCAUCAAGAAACACUUCUCAAAGCAUCUCCUCCGCCACUGACCCUGGAGAUGUUCAAGAGCCAGCACGAGAUGGACGGGCUGGGGGCUCCCCAGAGCUCAGCCCCCGUGGCCACCACGGUGAUCAACAUCCGAAGCGAGACCUCCGUGCCCGACCACGUCGUCUGGUCCCUGUUCAACACCCUCUUCAUGAACUGGUGCUGCCUGGGCUUCGUCGCUUUCGCCUACUCCGUGAAGGCGAGGGACCGGAAGAUGGUGGGAGACAUCACUGGGGCCCAGAGCUAUGCCUCCACCGCCAAGUGCCUGAACAUCUGGGCCCUGAUCCUGGGCAUUUUUCUGACCAUCGGAGCCGUCGUUCUUCUGGUGUUUGCAUACAUAACAGCCUACCAGAUGUUAGAGCGCGCAAAGAGUAACAGAGGCUACUAGCAGCCAUCCACGGCCCAGCCCAAGUCCCCCACCAUCCACACUGGCCCUGCCCCACCCCCUCCCCUUCCUACAGCAGGUGCUAGAGACCUACCUGUCCACAACUGGGUUCAAUAAAGUGCUCUUGCCUGUGAA